AUGAAUCAGGAUGAUGAGUUUAGUGGUCCCACUUCCUCUACCAACCAAGGGCCUCUCCCAUCCAAACCUGCCCCAUUUAGGAGUGAUGGUAAACAGAGGGCUAGUGGGCUAACCAAGCAGACAGUCUACCCCAAGAAGGUCAACCACUCCGUAGUCACAUCCCUCAAAUGCAAAAAGGGCGACAAGAAGCUCUAUACCGUUGUACGUCAUGUAAAGGGAGCUUCAGACUGUCAAGAGUCGGGUGAGAGUCAGCAAUAUGCAGAUGACAUUGAGUACCUUAUGGACGGUCUAAAGGGCACAGAGAAUGUUGGAACCCGCUGUCUCAGUACGAUGGGUUUUGUAGAGAAGUGUUCAGUACCUCAAUUCAGAAUGCACAUGAGAGCGCAUGGGACCAUUGCUAAGGUCUUUGGAAAACUACAAGAUGCCGCCCAAGAUCCAUGUCUUGGACUCUGCACGGCGGGUCUGAUGUACAUGUUGAGCCGGGACCGUCUAAACAUGGACCUGGACCGUGACAGUCUGUGGCUCCUGGUCCGUCUCCUGAGUAAAGACACGGCUCAUCGGAUCCAUCAGUUAGAUCCCAGUCAACAAGCUGAGUAUAAGAAAGUCCAGGAGAAGCUCUGGGCAGUCUUCACAGAGCUUCCUAAAGCUAGCAACAGCCUGGGUGACAUCGAGACCAGUGAUCUUUCGAAUGGUCAUCUUGCCAUGGAAUCUCUGUUAUCACUAACAUCAAAACGAGCUGGAGAAUGGUUCAAGGAGGAACUGAGGUUAGCUGGAGGACUUGAACACAUAGCACAAACAGUGAUAUCAGCUGCUCUGAGCCUGAGUCCUGUAACUGGUCGUAUGGAAGGAGAGAACCUAGUCCUGUUUAAGACUAUGAAUAGAUGUCUACGUGUCCUGGAGAAUGUGACCUUCAUGAAUAAUGAGAAUCAACAGUAUCUUCUAGAACUCAAGGGAUGUGGGUUAGUCAAGGCUGUCGGAAAGGCAUUACGAAUGUGUGAGAACCAGCUUGAGUUAUGCGGAGAGCCAGAGGUUCAUGUCAUCAAGAAAUUAGACAGCUAUGGUCUACAUGCUAUCUUACAUCAGGGAUUGCUAGCAACGCUCAGAUUAUUACUCAAUAUAUCACAUGAUAACGAAUGGGGUAGUAUGAAGGUAGGAGAGCAAGAAGGUCUUAUGUUGACCACUUUACAAUGUGUCUUACAGAUGCCUCAAUAUAUCUGCAAGGAUCAACGAUUUGAUGUAUUAGUCCUGAGUCUUGGUCUGCUGAUAAACCUGGUUGAACACAGCCCCGCAAACACCAGGAAACUCAUCUCGAUGAAAACCCAAAGAUCGUUCGAUUCCCAAAGCCAAAGAAGUCAAGAGAAUUCAUCAUCGGAAGAGGGCGGGUCGGAAGCAGAGGUGGUCACUUCACUGGAAGCCUUGGUUCAGCUAUUCCUACAACGGCAGCAGGCGGCGCUCAAGGCAGAAAGCCAAUCAGAGGAAGAAAUGAUGGGGGAGGAGCCGGAGGAGUGGUCUGUUGCCCAUAGCGACCCAUUAGACUGGAUAACGAUAGAGAGGGAUUCUGGGAAGGGUAAUCAAAAUGGCCCCCAGCCGACAGAAGAAGAGAUCAAGUCGUCAGUCAGAAAAGCCCUCCAUUCUGCAGGGAAACACAUGGAAGAUAGUAUAGUUGCUUCCUACACGGCCCUCUUACUUGGAUGUUUGUUACGAGAAAACAAUUUGAAUGUUGCGAGUGUACGGGACUGCCUUCCUGAUGGUGACUUCACGUGUAUGGUGGACAUGCUGAAGAAAUUCUUGUCUUUCAUUGAAUUAACGAACGCUGCUGGAAACACUGGUAGCAAAAGUAUAUCCAAAGUAAUUGAGGUCUUGGAAUGCUUCUAGAUGACCCACACGCACACCAAAGCAGCUCCAGAAUGAACGUUAUCUCCACAGAGGAGUAUGUCACUACUAAUUGGUCUUCCAGUAACCCCAGAUAUGGUCUUGCUUUAUGAACCAAGUCCCCCUCCUUCCUCCUAAGGUACAAAGAGAGGGAGAGGGAGAGAGAAAGAAAAGGGAACCUUGCAGUUAACCUUUAAAGGUUCUCAAAGAGUUUUUAGGCUGCCUUGCAUUUGAGUGAUUGCUACGGUGAAGGGGCGUUUCUCUUACAGAGUCCGGGAGGAGGGAUGAGGAACAUGUUUAGUUUAGGAUCAAAUGACCCUAGGAUAGGAUGUUUAGCUCAAUAGGUCCUGUGGUUGCUAAGGUAACCAUCACAGGUUCUCUAAUAUGCCUUGCAUUUGGGAGAUUGUUAAGAUGAAAGGAUGUUCCUCUUUGAGAUUAUGGAAGGGGUUUAAGGAGGAACAUUGAUGUUUAUUCUAGUUAAGGAUCAAAUGACCCUCGAAUAGGAUGUUAAGCUCCAUAGGUCCUCUGGUCGUGAGAUGACCAUCACUGGUUCUCAAAGACGCUUUGCAUUUGGGAGAUUGCUAGGAUAAAGAGGUGUUUCUUUUACAGAAUAUGAGAUGAGGUGUGAGGAGCAUUGAUGAUUGGUUUGUGAUCAUAUGACCUUAGAUUAAGAUAUGAAUCUGUAGGUCCUCUGGCUAUAAGAGUCAAUAUGGUAAAUAGAAAUAAAGGUGUCUUAAUCACUACUUCAGCUGGACUGACUUAGCACUCUCUCAGCUAGGUUUAGGGGGAAGGGGUGUUGGUAAUUUUUUUUUUCUCUAACGUUUGUUGUAAGAUCAUAAGACCCUAGAUUAGGAUGUGAAGCUGUUGAGGUCCUCUGGUUGGCCGAGGACUAGUAAAAUAGUUGGUUUGGGAAGGAGAAACGAAGGUGUCUUUAAUCAGCAGUCUAGCUGGUCUAACUUUGUAUUUUCUCAGCUGUAAUGUCAAUGUUGCAAAGGGGAUGGGGUGAGUGUUUUUCUGUAAUCAAUGCGAUGUUUAAGAUCAUGUUACCCUAGGAUAGGAUGUAAAACUACAGGUCAUAAGGUUGCCUUUGAUAGGGAUUCAUUUAAUGCUAGAGCGGUUUCUCUCUCACUUGAGAGUUGGUGCAUGUAGAAGAUAUGAGGGCGUCUGCAUUUGUAGGGUCUUUGAUAGCUAUCACUUGGUGCUAUACCAGGAACAUCCACUACUUUGACGAGGUUGUGGGGUGAUCUCAAACCACCUUGUUUGUUCUUGGUGGUGUGGGGCGGGGGGAUGGUGAGUGUUUAUAUCUGCAAAGUUAUAUGCCCCACAGAUAGGACUGGGAACUAGUUAUCUUGGUCAGUAAAAUGAAUGAAUUCCUAUUUUUGGCCACAUCUGGGUACCGUUCUGAUACUACAUUCUUUGGCUUUGUAUAGGGAGCACUUGGUCUUAUUCCUGGUUGAAUUAUUGCCUUUGUUCGGGCUAGCCAAGAUACCAUUUUCCCCUAGUAUUCACUGCUUUCCGAAAGCUAAUGAUUUGUAAAAUUUGACAAUUGUGUGAUAAGGAAAUCAGACAUGUUUUGUGUCCGGACCCUUUUGCAUUAAAUUUAUUAUGGUAUCUUGAGUUUGAUUGGCUGUUGGGCUAUGUUUCCAUGGUAACUACAGUUGGAUGGCUUACAAUAACAGUAUUUUUUUGUGUAACAGGAUCCGAAACAUUGACUUGAGAAUGAAGAUAUUGCAACAGAUAUGCUUGUUGAUUAUAAAGUGCUUUGGUUUUGAAUUAUGUUCCUUAAAAGAACUUUUGUAUAGAGAUAAGUGAUUGACAUUUUGAUUUGAGAUUGAGUUGUAUAUUUUA